GAGUGGAGCCAGAGUUCGUCCACUGAUUAUUUAACAAACAAAGCCUUUUGAGGUUAAGUUUAUAUAUAUCAAAAAUUGAACAACUGAGCAAGAUGUACCUUUGCGACAGACUCGUACCCAGUCGCUAUUUACGUGUUUUUUUGGGGGAAGAGAAGAUUGGAUAUUAGGGUGGAUUAAAGCGCGCGGGGUAUCAUGGGAAGGGUCGAAGGAAAAAUAGCCAAUUUUCCUUCGACCCUUCCCAUGACACUCUAUUAUCCAAUCAACACGUAAAUAGCGACUGGGUACAAGUCUGCCUUUGCGAUAAGGUUAGAAAGGGGAAUAAUAUGGUUCAAUAUAAGAAGUUCAAAUCGUUAAGAAAUAAGAAAGUGGGAAGUCCAUUUACCUCACAAAUAACUGGAAACGAAUGGAAUAUAGAGGAAGAAAAAGGAACGGAUUUAAACGUUGAACCUGUAAACUUAAAAAAAGGAACAGUUCUGGCUUUUAUUAAGGUUUUUAUGUUUUUAUUUCAAGCUGUUCCUUUGCCGGUGGCUCUCUUUUCACUAAGUGGAACCAAUGGAACUGAGGACAUGAGUCCAAAUAGAGCAACUAAGGCAGUGUCUAAAAACAUCAAAUUUGCACCAGGUCCUUAUGGAAAUCCAAAUGGCUCCGUCUUCUUCGAUGGCGAUGAAAGCAGCUAUGUGAAACUGAAAAACACCGGAGAACUAGAUGCUAGGUUCUCGAUCAGUGUUUUUACAUGGGUACACCUUGACAACGGUAAUGGCACGAUAUUCGAGUAUGGUUGCUCCGUGUCGGUUUCUCACUUAACCUUAGGAAUUGAAGUCCGAUAUAUGGGCAGGAAAACGUCCAAGAUUUACCUGCUACAUAAGGAGAACAUUCUCCUAGCAAACGCUUGGAAUUUCAUUGGAACCACAUACGACUACCACACGGGUAUUGCAACCGUGUGGGUCAACAACAACACUGUCAUGGUGAGGUAUAUCGGAGAAGAGAUGGAACUAGCAACUCAGUCUGAUGUUAGAGUUGGAGCUUCCAGCGAACAGGAGAAGCUUUUCCGCGGCAGAAUCUCGUGCUUACAAUUCUAUGAUCAGGCGCUUUCGGUGGACCAAAUUAUUGAAGUUAAAGCAAGGUGUAACAAUACCAGUAAGUAUGUCUGGACAGUAAAGACAGGCAAUGGAUUGUUCUGAUAAACCUAUAUUCUUAAGCAAGAGUAAUACUUCAGUACC